ACUGAUCACAAGCUACAUUAGCCUCUUGGCUCAGAAUUGGAGGGCUCUAGAUUGGAAGUACAACGAAGUUGAUGAAACACAAAUAUUUGUCUAAAGUCAGUUCCUGGCUCUGUCACUGGCCCAGAGUUUAUGUUUGGAGAAAGACAAGCUCAGGGCAAGAGGGAGGUGAUUUGGCAAGUUCUGAGUCUCCGGCUGGUCUCUACAGGGGAACACUACAGCAUGAUGUGGAACUGGUGGUUUUGGUUAUGUUUGGCACUCUGCACCGCAGACCAAUAUAGGGAUGAAGCAGUAAGAAUCAUGAAUGAGACGCCCUUAAUCGAUGGUCACAAUGAUCUACCAUGGCAGAUACUGAAGAAGUUCAAUGGCCAGCUGCAGCUGUCAGAAGCAAACCUGUACUACCUGGAGGGCACGCACACCAAUAUUCCGAAGCUGAAGACGGGCUUUGUGGGCGGCCAGUUCUGGUCUGCUUAUGUGCCCUGUGAUACCCAGAACAAAGAUGCAGUGAAGAGAACCCUGGAGCAGAUCGACCUAAUUCACAGAAUGUGCCAGACAUACCCCGAGACUUUCCUGUGUGCCAGCAGCCCUGCAGAUAUAAGGCUGGCCUUUCAGCAGAAGAAGGUGGCCAGCCUGAUUGGUGUGGAGGGUGGCCACUCCAUUGACAGCAGUCUGGGUGUCCUCCGGGCAAUGUACUACUUGGGUGUGCGCUAUAUGACCCUCACCCACAACUGUAACACGCCCUGGGCUGACAACUGGCAGGUGGAUACAGGAAAUGACAAAGCCCAGAGCCACGGCCUGUCAGAAUUUGGAGAGGAGGUGGUGAAAGAAAUGAACCGCUUGGGUGUGAUGAUCGAUCUGGCCCAUGUGUCAGUGGCCACCAUGGAGGCCGUGCUGUCUGUGUCCCAAGCUCCCGUGAUUUUCAGCCACUCCUCUGCCUAUCAGCUAUGUCCCCAUAGACGGAAUGUACCAGAUCAUAUCCUCCAGCUGGUGAACAAGACCAGAAGUCUGGUGAUGGUGAAUUUCUACAAUCAGUAUGUUUCCUGCCAAAAAGAAGCUAAUCUGUCUCAAGUAGCAGAUCACCUGGAUUAUAUCAAGAACACUGCUGGACCAGAAGCUGUGGGAUUCGGUGGGGAUUACGAUGGUGUUGACGAUGUUCCCACAGGGCUACAGGAUGUCUCUGGUUACCCAGACCUGAUAGCUGAACUUCUCAGGAGGAACUGGACUGAAACAGAAGUGAAAAAUGCCUUGGCCUAUAACCUGUUAAGGGUCUUUGACGAGGUGGAGCAGGCAAGCAGCCAUAGCGUCCUCCCUAAUGAGAACUUCAUCGAAUUUAGCGAGCUGCAAGAUACUUGCAGGACUUCCUAUGGCUAUCAGGACUAUAGCCAACAGGACCACAGCCACCAGCACCGGCCUGGAGUCCUCCCUGUAGUACUCACUCUUCCUCUCCUUUACCUGUGGCAGCCAUGAUCCUGUGCAGCCCGUUGCCACCCCUCAAUUCACAGCCUGUCAGUGGGAGCCAAGAUAACUGCAGGGCUGGAUCUAACCCAAAGCCUCAAAGAGGGGCCAGACCCACCUCCAAACCAAGCUCCUCCUGAUAUGUAUGCUCUCUGAAAGGAGGAUGGUCCCAUUUGUGAUUCUGGCAUAGACCUGCUCCUUCCUCAGAUACUUCAGAUAUAGCAAAGGGAAGAAUCUAACCUAUGCACAUCUGGUGAAUUUGGUCCAGGCCUAGAAACACACACGCACACUCACACACACACACACACACACACGAGAUGGGCAAAAAGAAAAUUCAAUAAAAGUUGCAGUUAUUGCUAUUUAAAGAAUAUACCUCUCUUCAUACCACUACCAUUGCUAAACUGCAGGAAGAGGCAUUGUCUGUCUCCACAAAGCAACACUAGACCCAAGGUCAGGAGACAUAGGCAACAGCUUUGCUUUCAUCUGACCAGGUGGCCCCAACCAAGUCAGUUCAUCUCCCCUAGUAAUCAUAAUAAUAAUCCCCUAGAAAAUGUAGCUCAAACCUCAGCCUCCCCAAAAUGACAUAAAGAUGUAUGCUGCUAUGUAAACAACUCUGCAAUUUCCAGAGUCUUUUUAUAACCCCCCCCCCCAGAUUAGAAAUCAGGUGGUCUAGGUCCAAAACCCAGGUGCCAUUCAUCUACUCUGACUUGGGCAAGCCAUUAAAUCUCAGUAUCAUUUUCCUUCUCUCUCAUGGGAAUAAUGCCUGUCCUACCAAACAGUUGUAAGGAUCAAGUAUGAUUUAAAAAAAAAGGGAAGGGACUUCAAAAAUUAUAAAGUAGUACUAUACAACUAUAAGGGUUUGUCAGGGAUAAGGGGGAUAUUACUAUAAUCUUGUGCUAUCAAAAGAAUCCUUUUCAGUCUCAAACCAACCUCUAGGCAAUAACUGGCUGCCAAAUGCUCUGUAUUACUUUGUCCCUGAAAAACUUUGCUCAUUAGGCUUUGACAAUCACCUUUCUAGGCUGGGAAAUGGCACAUGGUUUCAAGCCCUCAACUGCCACUAAACCAGGGGUAUGACUUUGGACAGACUACUUUCCCUCUUUCACUUAUCUGUAAGAUGAGGAGGCUGGUCUCUCAGACCUCUUCUAGCACUAACAUUUUAGGCUUCUAGGAUGCUCCCAUGAGGGAAGCCAAGGGAAGGAUGUGCACAAACCCAUGUGAAAGUUGGCUGUAAGACCACCCUCAAACUGGAUGCACAAGUUGAUACACUCAGGCAGGAGAGGAAGCCAUAGAUACAAAGCCAGUAAAGGACUUUUCAAGAACCUCACUCUGGAUUGGUAGAGCGAUAGGAACAACUAACCUCUGGAUCCCAGGGUCUUCUAGUUCCUCAUCCCCCAUCAACCUGCAUAUCAGUUCCACUGCUAGAACAGGUAAUUCUUGACAUAAAGGCACAUGAUAAGCAACAGGCCACCCAAGAAGAGAAGGGCAUUUAAUAUAGGGUGGCAGUUGUUAUCAACUGCCUGCACUACAAGCAAGGGGUUAAAUCUUUAGCUUCCCAUUUUAGGUUGGCUCCAAUGUAGCAACAGAAAGUUUGUAUGCAUUAUGAGGCCAAUUAAAGGCUAUGAGGCUUCAGGAAAAAGACAUCAGGAGGCCCUGCAUCCUCUUUCAAAUCCUGGCGUGGCCUCACUCUGCAGGUCAGAGCCAUCUGAUAUCUCAAAGUUUCCUUUCUCAGGGGCACGAAGUUGGCACUUGGGUCCUCGAGCAGCCUGAUCCUCAUGGGCUGUUGGCUCCAGCUUCCUAGAAUGUAUUUCAGCACCUCCUGUAGCUUUAGACUAAUCGAUCUACAUUUUAGAAUUGAGGAAUUGUCAGUAUCCUGGAUCCCUCCUCCUUAAACAUUAACCUCUUCUCUAGGGAAGUACAUCCCAGGUUAUCUGUUGACCAGACAGCCAAGGCCAUUGUUAAAAGGGCAGAGCAACGUGGUUUCCACCCUGUUUUUUCGCACAAAUUUGUCCACGGGCUUUCAUUCCACCUGGCUUGGGAUGGCCUGGGUCGCUUUCUAAACACCAGGAAGACUUGCUUUGUGGGGAAAUAGCACCCCCUUGUGGAAUAAAAGGUAACUUCAUUAGA